AGCAGGAAAAUUUAAGCAUGUUUGGGAGGCUAAAAGUGGGAUGACAGUUUAAAUGUAAAAAGACAGUCAAACAAACUACAUGCGACUCUUCCUUUCUAGACAAUGUUUUAAGAAAUGCCAGGUCAGAUCGGAAUCGCGAUCUAGGAAAGUGGGGUCAUCCUCAUUCCCAAAAUAUAUCGGGAACAGGGUGUUUCUUUCUAGGAACCGGGCGGUUCUCUGACAAGAAUCGAUAGAUCUUGUCAAGGAAUCGGCUAAUACGGCCCCACAAUUAAUUUAUUCUUUUUGUUUCUUUUUCAAUUUUUUAUUUUGUUCUCAAUUUUUUUAUUUUUGAUUAGCGUAUUCUCUCGGUUUGAUCGUGGAUCGGCGAUUCGCCAACCCCACGUUUCUUAGAUGGCAGGAUGAAGCUGCUAAUCCAGGUUGACCCACGUAUUUAAACACUGUUUCUGGACUUUGUGAUGAAGCUGCUAAUCCAGAUGUAUAUUGGGAUCCUGCACCAUCUCUCUCUCUCUCUAUCUGUCUAUCUUGCACACACAUAUAAGAGGAAGCAGGCUCAAAAGUAGUCCUUGGCUGCUCUCCUCUCUCUUUCUCUCUCUCCAGGUUACAGCGGCACACACAAACAAAAAUGUUGACCAAAGGUACCAUCUCAGGCCACGCUUUCCGAGGGUUGGCCAUAACAGCAAAACCAGAGAAAAUGCAGGAACUUUCCAAUUCGUGUCUGCCUAAUUCAGCAUUUUGCGUCAAUCUUUCCCCCAAAACAUUCUGUUUCCUACACCCAAACUGCAAAAUCCACCUCUCUGAUCACAAAAACUUCUCUGUAAUAACUCAUCUGCACAAAUGAAUCUCAAACAUGCUUUAUUAAUCCCAGUUUUUCAGAGAAGCAAUGGAGGUGGUGAACCGUUCUUUAUCAUUUUCCCGCCUCCUUCAGCUCUGUGCAUCUGAUAAGAAUCUUCGAAAAGGCCAAAAUAUCCAUGCCCAAAUCAUCAAAACUGGUUUCUUAUCAGACCCAUUUCUCCAAAACUCUCUCAUAAACACAUAUUCAAAGUGUGGAGACAUGGCUGAUGCUGAGCUCAAAUUCGAAGAAAUUCAAACCAAGGAUGUGGUCUCUUGGAACUGCCUCAUCAGCGGCUUUUGUAAUCAUAGCCAUGACUCAAAGGUCUUAAAUCUAUUCAAAAGAAUGACGACUGAGAAUAUGAAGCCAAACUCGUUUACUUUUUCAGGAGUUAUUACUGCAAUUUCGGGUUUAUCAGCUCUCAGAGAGGGAAGGCAAGUUCAUUCUCUCUCCAUGAAAACUUCGAUCUUGAAUGAUGUUUAUGUAGGGAGCUCUCUAAUUAACAUGUAUUGCAAGUGUGGUUUAGUCUCUGAAGCUCGAUUGGUGUUUGAAGAAAUGCCUGAUAAAAACAUGGUUACUUGGGCAGCCAUGAUUUCUGGUUAUGCUCUAGAGAGAUGUGGCCAUGAAGCCAUAGCACUCUUCAAGCUUUUGCAGAAAGAAAAUAUGGGCCUCAAUGAGUUUAUAUUUACUGGUGUCCUGAGUGCAGCUUCAGCUAAAGAAUUCCUUAAUUAUGGACUUCAAAUUCACAGCCAGGCCUUAAAGACUGGUCUUGAAUCCCACAUCUCUGUCAAGAAUGCCAUUGUUACAAUGUAUUCAAAGUGUGAGAGGUUAACUGAUGCCCUUCUUGUGUUUGAAUCUUCAGAAGAGAAGAACCCCAUAACCUGGUCUGCAAUGAUAACUGGCUAUACUCAAAAUGGAGAUUCUAGUGAGGCUUUGAGGCUGUUUUCCAGCAUGAAUUUGGCUGGAAUCCGGCCAAGUGAGUUCACAUUGGUUGCGGUUCUAAACUCGUGUAGUAAUCUAAUGGCUCUGUGGCCUGGAAUACAAGUCCAUACCUAUCUUUUGAAGAUGGGUUUUGGCCAUCUACUCUUCAUAAGAAGCGCUUUAAUCGACAUGUAUGCAAAAUGUGGGAGUAUAAAGGAUGCGAGAAAAGGUUUUGAUCAGUUGCAGGAGGCUGAUGUGGUGCUUUGGACCUCGAUAAUAAAUGGGCAUGUUCAAAAUGGAGAGAACGAGGAAGCUUUGAGCUUGUAUGGCCAAAUGGAGAGAGAGAAUAUAAGGCCUAAUAGCUUAACAAUAGCUAGUGUGCUUAGGGCUUGCUCAAGCCUUGCAGCUCUCGAGCAAGGAAAGCAAAUCCAUGCCAGAGCAGUUAAGUAUGGGUUCGGCCUUACGAACCCAACCGGUAGCGCCCUUUCAACCCUUUAUUCAAAGUGUGGAUGCCUUGAGGAAGGCAACUUGGCCUUCCAAAGAAUCCCUGAGAGAGAUGUAGUGUCAUGGAAUACAAUGAUUUCUGGUUAUUCGCAUAAUGGGUUUGGGCAGAAAGCCCUUAAACUCUUUGAGGAGAUGGAGUCAGAGGGUAUCACGCCCGAUAGUGUGACAUUUGUGAACCUUCUAUCAGCUUGUAGCCACAUGGGAGUGGUAGAGAGAGGAUGGCAUUACUUUAAAUUGAUGAAAGAGAAAUACGGUAUCGAACCGAGAGUGGAUCACUAUGCAUGCAUUGUUGACGUCCUUAGUCGGAAAGGCCUGCUUUUGGAGGCAAGAAACUUCAUCGAAUCGGUUCCUAUUGAUCAUGGCCUGGCCUUGUGGCGAAUUCUCUUGGGAGCUUGUAGAAAUCAGAGGAAUUUCGAGAUUGGGUCUUAUGCAGGACAAAGAUUAAUGGAAUUGGGAUCAACAGAGUCAUCGGCUUAUGUGCUCCUUUCGAGCAUAUAUGCGAGUGUUGGAAGGUGGGGUGAUGUAGAGAGAGUGAGGAAGCUGAUGAGAGAGAGAGGGGUGGCAAAGGAGCCAGGGUGUAGCUGGGUCGAGCUCAAGAAUAGGGUUCAUGUCUUUGUGGUUGGAGACCAAAUGCACCCACAAAUAGGAGAGAUAAGAUUGGAAUUGAAAAGACUCAACAUGCAGAUGGGAGAUGAAGGGUACAGGCCUGAUACCAACUGGGUUUUCCCUGAUAUGGAGCGUGGGCUAGCUCAGAGUGGGUGAAGUUCUCGGGAGGUGUUUUCUUCAUGUGCAAAAAUUAUAAGCUAUGAGUGUUUGGGUGACAUGAUUGUUUUGGCUUCACAUUGUUCACCGCACUAAUGCACCUCCCUCCACAGUCUCUCACAGGACACUUGAUUGCUCGGCCCGACUGAGCACAGAAAUAUCUCUUAAGCGUUUCUAAAAUAACCAGCUUUGUGGAAUCCAGUGUUUCAAGACUUACCAUCGGUGGGGGCGGAUUGUUGAACUUUAGAUUCGUGGCAGGAUUUGUAAGACUGAAA